UGUAUAAUCCUGAGGGAGUACAGGAAUACUCUGUAUUGAAGAGAGAGGGAGAGAAUAAGGGUCAACAGGGUCUGUCUACUGGUGCUACUGGACUAUAUUCAACCAUUAAUAAAAACACCAACAACCAGGUGUUAGUUGAUGAAUCAGCUCAUAAGCCAGUGUAUGCUGAUCUGGCUAUUGCUGCUAAAGGGAAGAGACCACAGGGAGCACCAACACAAGAACAACCAGUGGUAUAUGCAUCAGUUAACAACAAAUCUGUUCCUCCUCCCAUUCCUCCUCCAGCUGCUCCUCAUAAAGUAUUGUAUGCUGAUCUAUCAAUAGCAGCUGGUAAGAGAACACCAAAGAAUAAACCACCCACUGAGGAAAGAGUAGUCCAUGUAGCAGUCAAUGGAAAUAGGAAGUUCAGUACUCAAGAGCUGAUCAUGGAUAGGUUAGGUGGUCUGGAUAUUCCUCCUCCAAUACCACCAAAACCAAAACCUUGAAACCAACACAAAGACAUCAAUCCUCCCUGUCUCCAGUAGUAUAGAAUGGACAUACUUUAGUAUAAUGUAUUGUGAAACAAUUAACUCUAUCUUGUAUUCUCUCUCUCUGUCUUUCAUUAUAAUGUCAUAGGUAUAUAGUGUAUAUUCUUUUGUAUUUUUUAGUUCAUUUUAAUCAACAGAACCAACAAUGUA